AUGGCCCUCAAUCGUCUCCAUCGGUUCCGCGCAGCCCUGCACCCGCUGCAGCGCUCGGCGCUUCCGGCCUCGUCCCGCGCAAUCCUUCCGCGCAUGUUCUCGUCGGACAAGAAGCCGCCCGUCGCGUCUGAUGAUCUGCUCUUGAAGCUGCUCAACCCCGCCAGCGCGAAAAGCAACGCGACGCUCCUCGACGCGUGCGCCAACGGCUACGAGGACGUCGUUGCGUCGCUCGUGCACAAGCCCGGCAUCGACAUCAACGGCCGAAGCGAGGACUCGACGACGCCGCUCGUCAAGGCGUGCAUCAACGCUGACAACCGCAUCGUGCAGAUCCUUCUGAAGCACCCCGAGAUCGACGUCAACCUCGCGACCAAGGAAGGCAUCACGCCGCUCAUGAUGGCAGUCAAGUGCGGCCACUACGACACCGUGACGACGUUGCUCCAGCACCCUGCGCUGGACAUCAACCUCGAAAACCAACUGGGGUCGACGGCGCUGCACCUGGCGUGCCACGAAGGCGAUAUGGCCAUGACGGAGCUGCUCCUCGUGCACCCCAAGGUCAAUGUCAACGCCAAGGACAAGGACGGCUACUCGGUCCUGCUCUACGCGUGCUUGCAGGAGCAUGCGAACGUGAUGGAGUUCCUCCUCAAGCACCCCAAGAUCGACGUCAACGUCGAGAUGACGGCGGGCGUCACGGCGCUCAUCCUCGCGGCGGCGCGUGGCCAGUACUUUGUCGUCGACCGCCUCCUCAAGCACCCGUCCAUCGAUGUCAGCAGCGGCGUCGCAGUCGAAGUCGCCAUGACCAAGGGCUUUCACGACAUUGUGCAGCUGUUCCUGGACCACGAUAGUUGGGAUGUCAACAUGGCCCUCGACGAGUCGGGGCAUGCGCUGCUGCACAUGGCGGCGCAUGAAGGCAAUGCGACGAUCGUAGAAAAAGUGCUGGCGCACUCGCGGGUGGAACCCAACCAACCGUCCUUCGAUGGCACGACGCCGCUCAUGGUGGCGUGCUUUGCCGAGAAGGACGCGAUCGUGACGCAGCUGCUCGCUGACGCCCGCGUCAACGUCAACGCCAAGCGCGACGACGGUGCGACGGCCUUGAUCGCGGCCGUCAACAUGGAAAACGUCCAUCUUGUCAAGGCCCUCUUGGCGCACGGCCAAACGAACGUCAACCUCGAGAUGCAGCCUGGCGUCUCGGCGCUCACGGUUGCGUCGUCGCGCGGCCUUGUGGAGAUCGUCCAGCUCCUUCUGGCGCACAAGGCGACGGCCAUCUUGUAG